UGAGUGUCCGUUGUUGUGUGGCCAUAAACAAUGCACCAACUCAGCAAGUUACUCAUCUUCUACAAUGUUCAUUUCUCCCUAACACUGUAACCUCAAUCAAAUUCAUCCUCUCCCGCAAAUGGCUCUUCUACAGUUGCCGCCAAUUCUGGCUGCUGCUGCUCUUCCAUCGCACUUGGAGAAACUCCCCAGAACAAACGCGAGGAUAACAUUGUCCACUACUCAAACCCCCUCGAAUCCCCGCCACCAUCAACUGAAGAGGAAUCGCCACAAAUUGAGCGCAGUCGCCGAGGGAAUCGCAGCUGCGGCGGGCGAUGAGAGCGUGAUUCAGGAAGAUGAAGCUGUGGAGCACAAGGAAUCAUCGGCGAGAUACGAUUGGACCGAGGAAUGGUAUCCGCUGUACCUCACCAAUCAAGUGCCCGACGACGCGCCGCUAGGGCUCACAGUGUUCGACAAGCAGGUUGUGCUGUUCAAGGACGGCGAUGGAGUAAUUAGGUGUUACGAAGAUCGUUGCCCCCACAGGUUAGCAAAGCUGUCUGAGGGCCAAUUAUAUGAUGGAAGAUUGGAGUGUUUGUACCAUGGCUGGCAGUUUGAAGGAAAUGGUAAAUGUGUGAAGAUACCUCAGCUCUCAGCAGGUGCGAAAAUCCCUGCAUCGGCUUGUGUGAGGACUUACGAGAUCAAGGAUUCACAAGGCGUGAUAUGGAUUUGGAUGUCGCACAAGACUCCUCCUAAUAUUGAAAAGAUCCCUUGGUUUGAGAAUUUUGAUAGACCUGGUUUUCGAGAUGUUUCAACCAUCCAUGAGCUCCCGUAUGAUCAUUCCAUCCUUUUAGAGAACCUCAUGGAUCCUGCUCAUGUUCCUAUCUCACACGACAGAACGGAUUGGACAGCUAAAAGGGAGGAUGCCACUGCUCUAUUUUUUGAGGUGGUGGAAAGAACUGAUCGAGGCUUUGCAGGCCAUUGGGGUAGAGAGAAAGAUCGGUCAAUUCCAGACUACAUACCGAACUUUCUGAGGUUUGAGGCGCCUUGUGUGCUUCAGAACAACCGGGAAAUUGUUGACAAGAAUGGUGAGAGGAACUACUUCACGGGGCUGUUUCUAUGCAGGCCAUCUGGACAGGGGAAGUCAAUGCUUAUAGUCAGGUUUGGGAAUACAAGACAGCCACCACCCAUGUUGAAACUGUUUCCUCGAUGGUACUUCCAUCAGAAUGCUUGUAAGGUAUUCGAGCAAGAUAUGGGCUUCCUUUCAUCUCAGAACGAAAUCCUUAUGAAGGAGAAAGUUCCAACAAGGAAGCUUUACAUCAAUUUGAGGUCAUCAGAUGUUUGGGUGGCUGAGUACAGGAAAUGGAUGGAUAAAGUGGGGCAUGGGAUGCCUUACUACUUUGGGCAUAGCUCGAUUUCUCUGCCAGAAAUUCCAGCAGUAGUUGAGCAUGCUCCGGCUGGAUUCGUUGCCAAUUUCUCAGCCUCUCAGCCAGCUAAGGGUGGGAUUGGGACAAUGGAAGCACCAAACCCUGCCAACAGAUACUUUCGGCAUGUGGUCCAUUGCAAGGGGUGCAUGAGCGUCGUGAAAUCUUCUCAUUCGUGGAAGAACGCUCUAUCCGUUGCUGCUGCCGUAUCCACGACAUUGGCAAUUCUUGUUUCCGCAAGGCAGUGGAAGGUGCUGUUCCUGCUCUCGACUGCAGUUCUGUUGGCCGGGGUACAAAUCUGUUCAACUAUCAUUGCAAUGAACACAACCAACUUCAUCAGAACGCAUAGAAGGAUGUGAUUCAGGAGAGUAAAUUAUAAGUUUUCAUUUCUUACAAAUUUUAGGUGUGCUGUAUUGAUUUCUCAGUGGCUCAGGAUUUGCUCAUUCCUGGGUAAGUAUGUAUUGGUUUUACAUCUGUAUGCUAGGUUAAAAUUUCUGUUACAUAAAACAUGUUUGUUUGCAA